AUGUUUUGUCUACCCCAACGCUGCGCUCGGCAGCUCCUCCGCGAGCCCUUACAGCGCGGCUCAUUACCUCUCUUCCUCACGCCCGCAUUCUCUCCGUCCCGCGCACAAUGCUUCUCGACCACGUCCCCGAUGCAAUCCCGAGUUGGCGGCGCCGCCAUCUCCGUCCCCCCCGAGGUGUCAUUGAACCUCAUCGAUAUCCCCAAGUCUCUUACACGGACACGUGGAAAGGAUGUACCUAAGUUUACGGCUCAGAUCAAGGGUCCUAAGGGCGAGAUGUCCCUCACAAUUCCCUCCUUCCUCGACGUGAACUAUGACGCCGCGAACCAAAAAGCCACUCUGUCCGUUUUGGACGCAGAGGAGCCUCACCAGCGUGCCAUGUGGGGCACAACACGCGCGCUCCUCCAAAACCACAUUAUUGGGGUGUCAGAAGGCCACAUCUGUGUCCUGAGUAUGGUGGGUGUUGGUUACAGAGCCACGAUCGAAUCGAAAGCCACCACCGUCACUCCCUCCUACCCCGGCCAACAGUUCGUCUCCCUGAAGGUCGGGUUCUCACACCCGAUUGAGCUCGGUAUCCCUGAGGGUGUCCACGCCAGCACCCCCCAACCGACCCGCAUUUUGCUCGAGAGCGUCAACAAGCGCCUGGUGACGCAGUUCGCCGCCGAGAUUCGCGAAUGGAGACGUCCGGAGCCGUACAAGGGCAAGGGUAUCUUCGUCAAUGGCGAGACUAUCAAGCUCAAGGCGAAGAAGAUCAAAUAA